UAGUUGUUUGAGUGAAAUGAAAGGCAUCAUCCAAUUCCAAUUGAAACAGAGACAGAAAAGAUGGAAAGAUAUUACAAAUUUGUAGUACUUUUUUUGGUGUUGAUUCAAAUUGCACAAAUAUGUUUGUGUGCAAAUUCAAACUUCCCUUGCAUUGAACAAGAGAGGCAAGCUCUUCUCGAUUUCAAAGCAUCUAUUUCAUAUGAUUCACCAAACAAUCUUUCAUCAUGGAAAGGCACUCACUGUUGUCAAUGGGAAGGCAUUGGUUGUGACAAUGUUACUGGACAUGUUGUCAAGCUUAAUCUCAAAAAUCCUUGUUACCACCCAUUCUCUUGGAGGCAACAACGAGAACAUUCUGACGAAUACAUGUACAAUUUGGGAGAUGAUAUGCCCUGUUCCAGUUGGAAACACGUAGUUGCUUCAAAUGUGAGCUCAUCUUUGUUGCAAUUGGAACACUUGACUUAUUUGGACUUGACUGGAAAUUAUUUCAGUGGGAGUCCAAUUCCCGUGUUCAUCGGUUCCAUGGGACGCCUUGAGUAUCUCUCUCUUUCUGGAGCUAGUUUUAGCGGGAGGAUUCCCAACAAUCUCGGCAAUCUCAAGAACCUACAAUUUCUUGAUCUCAGCUUCAAUUACUUUGACUAUUACUCUCCCUCUCCGAGUGCUAUUUUAGUAGAGAGAGAAUUACAAAUGAAUGGUGACAUCAGUUGGAUAUCGAAACUCCAUUCACUCAAACACCUUGACUUGAGUUAUAUUCGCCUCAAUGAAACACACAACUUGUUCCAGGUACUCAAUACACUUCCUUCCUUGUUAUAUCUUUCCUUGUUUGAAUGUGAAAUUGACAAUUCACUCAUUCCUCGUUAUGCUUUACAAAACAUGACGUCUCUUUUCUAUCUUGAUCUCUCAUUCAAUGAGCUUCAUGGUCCAAUUCCCGAGUCUUUUCAAAACAUGACUUCUAUGGAAUCACUUUAUCUUUCUGACAACAAUUUCACUUCUAUUCCAUCAUGGUUCACUGGCUUUGAAAAACUUACCCUUCUUGAGCUUUCUUUCAAUGGGCUUCAUGGUCCAAUUCCAGAGGUGUUUCGAAACAUGACUUCCAUCGAAUCACUCUAUCUUUUAGCAAAUAGUUUAACUUCAAUUCCACCAUGGCUUGCUGAGUUGAAGAGACUUGUGCACCUUAACCUUAAGUUGAAUCAACUCACUCUUAAAGAAUGUUUUCUAUCAUCAAUCAUAACAAACAUGUGCCACCUAAAACAAUUAGAUUUAUCAUUAAACAAGCUUCAAGGGGAAUUAAUGGGACACUUUGAAUUAUCUGGUUGCAAUACAUAUGAUUUGGAGGUACUGGAUUUAGAGGAUAAUGAUAUUAGUGAUCGCAUGCCAACAUGGUUGGGACAACUUGAAAAUCUAAAGCGCCUUAAUUUUGGUUCAAACUUUUUCCAUGGACCUAUCCCCUUGUCUAUAGAAAAAUUGUCAAAGUUGCAAGAGAUAUAUCUAUUCAAUAAUGCAUUGGAAGGGGUCAUUUCAAGUAAUAUUGGACAACUUGUCAAUUUAACUUACAUUGAUCUUUCUUCUAAUAAAUUGGAUGGUUCUAUUCCUCAAAGCUUAGGGAAACUUGAAAAUCUACAAUAUCUUAUUUUUUCAAAUAAUUCCUUUAAUGGACUCAUUCCUGAAAAUCUUGGACAACUUGUCAAUUUAACUUGCAUUGAUCUUUCUUCUAAUAAAUUGGAUGGUUCUAUUCCUCAAAGCUUAGGGAAACUUGAAAAUCUACAAUAUCUUAUUUUUUCAAAUAAUUCCUUUAAUGGACUCAUUCCUGAAAAUCUUGGACAACUUGUCAAUUUAACUUACAUUGAUCUUUCUUCUAAUAAAUUUCAUGGUUCAAUCCCUAAAAUCCUAGGGAAACUUGAAAAUCUUUAUUAUCUUGAUCUUUCAAACAACUCUUUUAAUGGAUCCAUUCCUGAAAGUCUUGGUCAACUUGUCAAUUUGAAUUAUUUGGAUAUUUCUUCAAACAAGUUGGAUGGAAUAAUGUCUAUGAAAGAUGGUUGGCAUUUAAAUUUGAGGCAUUUGAAUCUCUCCCAUAAUCAAAUCACUGAUUCACUUCCAAAAAACAUUGGUCAUGUAAUGUUGUCUUUGGAAAACUUGUUUCUACAAAAUAACCACUUAAAUGGUUCAAUACCAACCUCUUUGUGCCAAUGUCAACUGAACAACCUUGACCUUUCAAACAACCAUUUGUCCGGUGAAAUUCCAAAUUGUUGGAAGGAUAAUCAAAAAUGGUCCGAGAUAAAAUUGUCAUCCAACAAACUAACUGGAGCAUUUCCAAGCUCAUUCGGGAAUCUUUCAUCGUUGGUUUGGUUGCAUUUGAACGAUAAUAACCUUCAAGGAGAGUUUCCAGCGUCUUUCAUAAAUUUGACGCAAUUGUUGAUUUUAGAUCUUGGUGAGAAUCAACUCUCUGGUAGUAUACCAUUAUCAUGGGAAGCAAACACUUUCCCUUCCCUGCAAAUUCUUAGACUGCGACAAAACAUGUUGAAUGGUAGUAUUCCUUCACAACUAUGCCAACUUAAAUCACUCAAAAUUUUGGACCUUUCCAGAAACAAAUUACAAGGUUCAAUACCUCAAUGCAUAGGAAACCUUAAAGGAAUGACAAUGGAAAAAUCAAUAUCAUCAUCAGCUCCCAUACAAGCUUUUGCUUUGGCUCCUGGAUCUGAAUGGUCUGAUCAAGUUGUCACAGAAGUUGUGAAAGGAGUGGAACUCGAGUAUACAAAAAUAUUGAAGCUUGUAGUCAAUAUGGACUUGUCACAAAACAAUUUGAUUGGAUUUAUUCCUAAUGAAAUUACUUGGCUCACAGGACUACAUUUCAUGAACUUGUCAAAAAAUCAAUUGAAAGGAGAGAUUCCUCAAUUGAUAGGAGACAUGAAAUCACUAGAAUCUUUGGACAUGUCUCAAAACCAACUUUCAGGAACAAUUCCAAACACCAUGUCUGCUUUAACUUCAUUGAGUCAUUUAAACUUGUCGCACAAUAACCUUUCAGGACCAAUUCCCAAAGAUAAUCAGUUUUUGACUCUUGAUGACCCAUCUAUUUAUGCUUACAAUCCAUACCUUUGUGGAUCUCCACUCCCAAAUAUGUGUCCCGGUGGUAUUUCACAUGGAAGUUCUGAAACCAAAGGUGAUGGAGAUGAAGAUGAGAAAGAAAAAGUAUUGUUCUACUUUGUGAUAGCAGUCGGUUUUGCAACUGGCUUAUGGGGAUUUAUUGGCACUUUGUGGUUGAAGAAGAAUUGGAGACAUGCUUACUUCAGAUGGGUGGAAGAUGUUGCUGACAAGAUUUAUGUGGCAUUUGUAAUUAAAGUGCCAAAGAUAAAGAAGAAAAUGAUGAGAAACCAUGUCCACUAGUGAUUAUAUGUUUAUGUUUCUUGUUUGUUUAUUUAUGUUUUCCUCAAUGUUCCAUUUUAGAUGGGAAUAAUAAGGUUCAUACCACUCUUUGUAUUUGCUUUCUUGUGAUAUAUUUGAUAAUAGAUCAGACAUUUAUAAGUACUCGAAUA